CUCCCUUUACACAGCACAACCCCCUCUAAAAAAAAAGACAUAUAGGGACAGAUAGACUGGCAGAGUGCGAGUGAGUGAGUGUGUCUGUGUCAGACUGUGAGAGAUAACCAGAGUUUGUCUCAGGAUGCCUGCGUACGCCACCAACAUGAGGUUCAAGUUCCCCAUCGUGGCCUUGAGUUUGGAGAUUAUCACCAUCAUCCUGUAUGGUGUGUUCGUGGUCUAUGAUGACGGGAAAAGUAAAGGUCACGGGCACGGGCACGCCGCACCCUCCAAUGAGACUAAGCAUGUAGAGCCCAUGACUCUCUACCCAAUGUUUCAGGAUGUCCACGUCAUGAUCUUCAUCGGCUUCGGUUUCCUGAUGACCUUCCUGAAGAGAUAUGGGUUCAGCAGCGUUGGUGUCAACUUACUUCUGGCUGCCUUUGGCCUGCAGUGGGGCCUCCUCAUGCAGGGAAUAUGGGACCUGGAUGAUGGCAAGAUCAAAAUCAACAUCUCUAAGAUGAUUAAUGCAGACUUCAGCACAGCUACAGUCCUGAUCUCCUUUGGGGCCGUCCUGGGUAAAACCAGCCCUGUUCAGCUCCUCAUCAUGACCAUACUAGAGAUCACAAUCUUCGCCAUCAAUGAGCAUCUCGUAGUAGAAAUCCUCGGAGUCAGUGACGUCGGAGCAUCCAUGACCAUCCAUGCCUUUGGAGCCUACUUUGGCCUGGCAGCAGCUCGAGUGCUUUACCGACAAGGUUUAAGGAACGGACAUGAAAACGACGGAUCCGUUUAUCACUCUGAUCUGUUUGCUAUGAUUGGAACUGUCUUCCUGUGGAUGUUCUGGCCCAGUUUUAACUCGGCCAUCGCCGAGCCAGGCAUCCCUCAGCUCACAGCAGUGAUCAACACCUACCUCUCUCUGGCUGCAUGUGUGCUCUCUGCCUACGCCAUCUCCAGCCUCGUGGAGCACAAAGGAAAACUGGACAUGGUGCACAUUCAGAAUGCCACAUUGGCUGGCGGCGUCGCUGUGGGAACAUGUGCUGACAUGAACAUCGGGCCAUUUGGGGCAAUGCUAAUUGGAUUAGUGGCUGGCACCAUCUCAACCGUUGGCUUCAAGUUCCUAUCUCCCAUCCUGGCAUCCAACCUGGGCAUCCAGGAUACCUGCGGAGUCCACAAUCUGCACGGCAUGCCUGGCAUCCUGGGCGGGUUGGCUGGUAUCGUGGCCGUGGCUUUGGGUAAAAAAGCCGGUCAUACCGCUGCCAUGCAAGCUGCCGGCUUGGCUUCGUCCCUCGGGUUCGGUUUGGUUGGAGGUGCUCUUACAGGUUUAAUAAUGAAGUUGCCGUUUUGGGGACAGCCUCCAGACCAGAACUGCUUCGAUGACUCUCUUUACUGGGAGGUUCCCGAGGAGGAGGAGGAGAACGAGGAGAGCUUGGCUCACGCCGAUCACUCAAAGAACAAAGCAGAAGCCUAAACACCUGCCCGCCGUCUGUCCACUGAGCUAGAAACGAAGACGUAAAGCAUCAUUCAGCAGCUACGUCGUGUCUGCGGAUUUAUUAAAGUGAUUUAAAAAAAAAAAAAACAUUAUAGAUGAUUAUACAGUAUUAUAAAAACAGAGGAAUAACUCGUGGAGACAAAAACAGGUGAAACUGUUUUGUGAGCAAAGAUAUCUACACACUGCAUAUUUUUCAUCAUAGUACAGUUUUAACCUGUAAUCAGGAAAGGCGGUGAAAGGAUUACAUAACACAAUACAUGAUACGUUUUAUUCUAAUAAGCAUUAACAUAAACAUUUCAUAUAUGACAUUUACACCAACAGAGACCUUCAGGGAUUUUUUUACACUGAAAAUUGUGAACAAUAACCUCUAACAGUCAUGAGCCACUGCUGACACACAACCACUUCCAUAAGCUUCUUUCUUUAUUUCAUUUUUUAUAUUAUAAAAAGCAUGUUUUAAGACAUUAGUAUAGCAGUGUAUUUUUCUUCAUACGUUCUUGUACAUUUCCAUGUGUGUUUCUGCUGAGGCUCAGCUCAAAGCGAGGAGUCGAACCUCGCCUCGAUCUGCUGCUUCACAUCAUCUCACUGGAGCCCAGUCCUUCUGCAAAGGGAGUCAAGAGCCGCACGGCCGUGAGGCUCUGACGUGGGCAGGGAUAGUCGAACCUUCGCACUCAUCUCCCCGCUGCUUACAAUCAUUUUCUAUCGACCUGUGGGCAGCUACAGCAGUUCUUCUGGCUGUCUAUUUACAUCCAGUGCGUUCUUACCUGUACAUACAGCUUAACUUUUAUAUGGAUUGACGUCGUCAGUUUUUAUCAAAGCCCUGUAAGUGGUACUGAAUAUUUUUCAGAUAUCUUUAAAUUAAAUACACGCCGGCAAAUGAGAAAGGUCUGGCAUUUAUAUGGCAUCUUUUCUUUAUGCAUCAGUUGGCCUUUUUUUGAGUUUUGAACCGUGACAUCUGCGACAAACCUCCUGUUUGUAUCACAGGGUCAGAGAGCAGUCGGAGUGUGUUUAACAUUAAAAAAACAAAACACUGCAGGGCUAGAUUCAACUGACUACACACACAGUAGUAGUGUUAAUCAAUGAUCUUUUGGUUUUUGUCGAAUGAUUUAUGAACACUGAAACACAUCAAGAUUUUGUAUUUUUAUACAGUGGGCCAGUGCUCGUAUUUGUACUAAUACUGUCAUAAUAAAUAUGUUUUUGUACGAUA